ACAACCAUCCGACCAAGCUGUAAGAAUAGCAUUUUUUUAGAAAAAGAAAUCGGGCCGGUGAUAUAACCGCCAAAUAUAGCCUUUCAUCAAAUAAAAGCUGCUGGAUUUAACAAUUGACCCGAUUCGAAAUUGUCUCUAACUUAUGGACUCGAGAUUUAAGCGAAUUGUCAAUGCUGUAGUCGGGAAAUCAUGUCCAAUAUGCCUGAACCGGUUGCACCAUCGGGAAGCAGCGGUUGUUAUCCCAUGUAUGCACGCCUACUGCAUCGACUGCAUCCGCAGAUGGAGCGAUGUGAAGCGAAAUUGCCCUCUCUGCAACGCCGAUUUUGAUUCAUGGUUCUCUAGAAUCAGUUUCUCCUCCGGGACCUUUAAGAAAGAGAAAUUAUCAGCUCGUAACGAGACUAAGAAAUUACACUUAGGGUUUGCCUCAUCUAGGCCGAGAGAUCGAUUUGUGGACCAAAGAGCGAUUAGGAGAAGGAGAGACGAGCUGAAUGCUUUUGGCUCCAGAACGAGGCCGUUCCCAAGGCGGCGAUCCUUUGAUCAGAUUGGAGCUUCAAAUUCAUAUGAUAUUAACAGGAGAAUAAUUCACUGGCGUGCUAGUAUAUAUGAAGAGAGAUUGCAGGCUGUUCGGUUUUCAUCCAAAUAUUGUCUUGUGCAGCGCAUGGAUAAUAGGAGUGCCAAAGAAAAGAUGUUACAGAGAAUAGAACCUUGGAUAAGAAGGGAGCUGCAGGCUAUACUGGGGGAUCCAGAUCCGUCCAUUAUCGUCCAUGUUGUUACCUCACUUUUUAUCUCCGAAAAUACACAUUUGACACAACAGUAUGCCGGAGAUGAUUUUCUUGCGCCGUUGCGACCCUUCUUGCAUGAACAUGCUGAAAUGUUUUGGCAUGAACUGAGAGUUUGGCUGUGAGAGUCAAUUCCUGUCAACCAUCUUAACAAUCAUUUGUGAACAUUGCUGACCAUCUUAGGAUAUAAUGAAAUUGGAAGAUAGAAAAUUUUGUUGGACGCACCGGUGUUAAACUCAUUGCAUUGAAUUUGUCUCUUAGACAAAAAGGUAGAACUUCAUCAUGGUUUAUCUGUCAAACAAUUUUUCUCUAUUGCUUUUAUAGGCAAAUAAGUUCUAAAUAAAUAGCCCUUCCAGGUUCGAGACCAGCAGUGGUAUAUUUACUAGUGAUCUGUUUAGAAUUAGAAACUGCUAUCCUGGUAGUGGAACUAACUACAACAACAACAACGACAGUAAAAUCCCACAAGUGAGGUUUGGGGAGGGUAGAUUGUACGCAGAUCUUACCCUUACCCCGAGGGAGUAGAGAGGUUGUAUCCGGUAGAUCCUUGGCUCAAGAAAACGAAAAGAGAGACAAUAUAUCAGUACUAUCAACGGAAAACAAUAGAAAUAAUAACAACAACAACAACCAGAAGAUAAGGCCCGACACAAUGAAAAACGGAAGAAUAGUGUGAACACAACAAUAGCCACUAGCAGUCUAAGACAAUCCUAUCAGACUAGCCUCACACAUCUACAAAGUAGAAAAAUGCUCAACUGCCUCCUAACCUAGAACCCUAAUGCUCGACCUCCACACCUUCCUAUCAAGGGCCACGUCCUCGGAAAUCUGAAGCCACGCCAUGUCCUGUCUGAUCAUCUCUCCCCAAUACUUCUUAGGUUGCCCUCUGCCUCUUCUCGUACCCGCCAAAACCAACCGCUCACACCUCUUUAUCGGGGCAUAGUAGAACUAACUACCUGAGCUGCAAUUAUAACAUAGUAAAACAGAGAAUAUAACUUCUUUUGAGAAAUAUUCCCUAUGUCAUAUAAUUGCUCUUUUGUAGCUAUUUUCAGGUAAUGUCGUUUCUUUUUCCUGUCGUUUUAAUGUGUUUUUUGCUUUUUGGCUUCGUUCGUUUUAAUAAGAAAUUCUGAAUUUUUUUAGGCUCUCGAUCUCUCUCUUUGUUUAGGGUGGGGUUGUAAUGGGGACUUGCUCUCUCUCUCUCUCUCUCUCUCUCUCUCUCUCUCUCUCUCAAAAGCGCUGUUGUUCGUACCGCGUUCUGUGACUUAGAUAAUAAUGUUC